UGAGCCGGAAGAAGGAUGUUGUUUCCGCCUUAUCUGCACUCGCAUGAGGUCGAGAGGCUGCAGCUGUACAAGUACACGUCAUCAAAGUCAGAAACGAUGAAUGAAUGAAUCACACACUCUUGCUGCAGCAAGCUUAUGGUGACUGAUUCACUCAUCCCCGCUCGCCUUGCCAUUUCCUGCAGGCCGACCCCCCUUGAUGCCCUCCUCAAUCCCUUCUGGAACGCCGCGGCAGCCGCUGUGCCAAAAGUGAGUGAGCCAUCCACGCAACCAAGAGAGUGACUGCUCAUCUCAUCUCUGGUCUCUUUUGUUUGUUUGCCUCGUGUGCUUCGUGAUUCAGUGGCUGUCGCCCAACACGUUGACUGUGCUGGGUCUGCUGUCGAGUGGCUUCGGGGCGGCGCUGUGCCUCGUUUACGCACCCACGCUCACAGAGGACACCCCUACGUGGGUGUGGCCGGUUGUUGCGCUGACCGUCUUCGUCUACCAGGCAAGCAGGCUGACAAUCAAUCGCCAGAUCCAGAUUCAUGUGUGACAACAAUUGCGUGUGUCGAUUCAAUCAUUCGUUCAGACGCUGGAUGCCAUCGACGGCAAGCACGCCAGGCGCACCGGUGCAUCGUCGCCUCUGGGGCAGCUGGUGGACCAUGGAUGCGACGCAUUCACUGCCGUGAGAGGGAGGAGGCUCCUAGCCCAUUCAUGUCUGUUGUGGUGUUGUGUAUAUGUGUGUGUGUGUGUGUGUCUGUGUGUGUGUCUGUGUGUGUGUCUGUCUGUCUGUGUGUGUGUGUGUGUGUGUGUCAGUGUUUCAUGGGCAUUGUGUGCUGCGCGGCAGCCAAGUUCGGCGCCUCCAUGAACACAUUCGCGGUCAGCAGCCACCUGGCCUGCUCUUUCGGGCCAUGCAUUCAGGAUUGUCUUCCUCCUCCUUCCCCUGUUUGUUGCGUGCUUCAGAUACUGAUGUGCCUACAGACCAACACAUUCGUGUGGAACGUACGUGAGCAACCAACACAUUGGCACACGUGGAGUGUCACUCUUGAUGAUGCUGCAGUGGCUGGAGCUGCACACCGACCGAUACACCACUUCAUUCGGCAUCUUCGGCGUCACAGAAGGCCAAUACACGGUGAGCAGAACCAGACGGACACGCCAAUGCUCCCGCAUAGACACACAAUCUAGCUAGCCAUGCAUUCAUGCAGGUGAUUGUGGCGUGCCUGAUGCCGCUGGUGCUGGGCGACACGGACCUGGUGGCAAUGGCCCCGCUGGCAGCCAGGCCCUAUCUGAGCCAGCUAGGCGGCGUGUUGGGGACGGGAGGGGCUUUCUAUUGGCACACAUUCCUGGGUCCUUGCUGGUGCACCAUGUACGGACGCAUUUGACCACACACACGGACAGAAAAGAGAUCGCAUGCGGAGUUCUGAAUAUAUGGUGGGUGUGGUGUGGUGUGGUGUGGUGUGUCCCUCAGCGAUGUGUUGUUGGUUGCUGCCACUGUGGUGGAGGUCCUUCGCAAGGCCAAGGACAGACUCCAGGCCGCCGGUGAGUGAGCGAGGUGUCGGCAGACGAUUCGGGUCGUCACUGUCUGGCUGUCUGGCUGCAUCUGUGCAGGGCACCUGUUCUGGUGGCUUGUGUACGUGUAUGCCUCCUAUGUGUUCUUCACACGAGGUCCGAACACCCUCUACCAGACGCACCUGCAUCAUGUGUGCAUGUACAAUGGUCCGCACUCACUCUCACCAUGCAGGCGGGGCGUCAUUCCACGUUGGAUGGUUCUGCGUCGUGUCGACGGUCCAUUUCGCCAUCUACUUCCUCAGGGCACUCGCGUCGACGACGUGCAAGGCAAGACCAAUCGACCAACACACACACAUCCAUCCAUCCAUCCAUUUUGAUGCGCAUUGUCUGGUGUGUUUGCAGGUGCUGUUUGCGCAGAUCCAGUGGCCGCUGCUGCCGUUCUUCGCCACGACCGUCCUGCUAUCGGGUGACUGACAUACACAGACAGAGAGCACAAGAAUUACUUCAUCUGCCUGUGUCGUUAUUCGACCGUUUCUUCACAGCGGGGCCGCCAUCUGCCUUGCUGCAUCAGCUGGGGAUGCCCCGCGAUCAAUUCAUAUUCACUCUUAUGACGGUGCGCCACACUCCAAGCAAUGCACAACACAACACUGGCAAUGCCUGGCACACGUGUGUGUGCGUGUGUGUGUGUGCAGGGCCUGACGGCGUGGGGUGUGGUUUAUCUGGGUGAGCUGAUCGUGGCCAAUGUGCGCACCAUCUGCCGCGUGGUCGAGGUGCCCUUCUGGCGGAUCCCCGCCAAGACACCAAAGGAGCGCAAAAGGAGAUGAGAUGAGAUGAAUGGGGGCGCAUGCGCUGGUAAAGGUUGCGGUGCGGUGCACGUGUGUGUGGUAUGUGCAGCGGUAGGAACGGGACACGACACGCGCCGUUUUGUGUGUAGCGUAGCGUACAUGUACAGUAGUGGUAGCUAGUUGUGUUGCGAGGGAAUGUGAAUACAGCUGAGUGCGUGAGUGGGGCCCAUGCCGUGCCAGAGGACAGUGGGUGUGUCUAUCUAUCUGUCAAAAC